AGAAAGGGGGGGGAAACUUGUCUGUACUGUGAAGCGGGUAGGUGGGUCUGGCACGUUCAAAUUAGGUUCACAGUACAGUAUUUGGGUGUCCUUAUUUGGCUAACAGCAGGUUGAAUUUGACUAGUUUGUCGUCGACACACAUUUCAAACUUUCAAAUCUUACCCUUCAUCCUCCUCAUUUUUACUGGCGUCGAUUUUUGCCCCCUCGGCCUCGUCCCCAGUCAGGCCGUCGGCCGACGCCGCGGCCGUCAUGAGGUCGUCGCUGUACGCCACCCCGUCCUCCUCCAUCCUCAUGAUUCCCACAUCUUCACUGAACUCGCAGUCGUCCGACAUGUUCCUUUUCUCUUUUUUUUGUGUAUUUCUUUUUCUAACUGACGUUGCGUCGGUGAGAAGCUAAGCUAAGCUAGCUAAAAUCCUAGACGCUCACUGCGAGGCAAGUUGGGAGGGUUCACCUCACAGAUUUGAGCCGUUGCUUUAGUUCAACCGCGGGUUAAACUAAACAAUUCUAUAAUUCUUUGCAACUGGUAAUGUUUGUCGUUUAUUUACUCGGCGGCGAUUCUCCUUCUUGGUCCACGUCUUCUUCGCUUGAACGGCACUUGGCUCAGCGUCGAAACAUGAUGUGUCGCAGCGCCACCAGCAGGAUUGGAGGGCGCACUGUCAUCGCCUAACGUGAUACUGCUGCUUGCGGCCCGAGUCUAGGUUUAGUCCCGAAACCAUGCUAGUAUUACGAGCGAAUUAAGUACAAACCAACCCUGGGGAGUUUUCAAAACGCUUCUUAGCACAUUUUCAAUUAGAUUCGUGAGCUUUGGAGGACCGGCGAGCCGGGCGAAGCUAAUCCGGCUAACGUUAGCUAAGCUGUAAAAACAAUAAAACAACAACAACAAAAAAACACAAUAAUGGCCACUGUGGCGAUUCCUGCCGGCACUACUGCUCUUUUGCUGGACAUCGAGGGCACAACCACUCCAAUCACCUUUGUAAAGGAUAUUCUGUUUCCAUACAUACGGGAGCAUCUUGAAGACUACCUGUCGGCUCACUGGGAGGAAGAUGAGUGCAAACAAGACGUCCAUCUUCUGAAAAAACAGAUCGAAGAGGACAUGAGGCAGAACCGCGCGUGUCCCGUCCACGCCGUGGACCAGACGGUGCACACGGACGAGGAGAAGGCCAUCCGGGAGGUAGUCGACGACGUGCUGUGGCAGAUGGCCGCCGACCGGAAGUCCACGGCGCUCAAGCGCCUCCAGGGUCACAUGUGGCGAGCGGCGUACGCCUCGGGCACAAUCAAAGGCGAGAUCUACCAGGACGUGACGCCAUCCAUCCGAAGGUGGCGAGGGCACGGUCUCAAGGUCUUCAUCUACUCGUCGGGCAGCGUGGAGGCCCAAAAACUCCUCUUCACACACUCCGUUGAGGGUGACGUUAUAGACUUAUUUGACGGCCACUUCGACACGGCCGUCGGUGCCAAAGUGGACGCCAAAAGCUACGAAAGGAUUGCCGAGAGGAUCGGUUGUGCGCCAGAGGAAAUUACCUUCCUGACGGACGUCACGCGAGAGGCCAAAGCGGCGGGGGACGCCGGGGUCAACGCGGUGGUGGUGAUACGGCCGGGGAACGCCGAAGUGACAGAAGAGGAAGCGGCGCACUACCGUGUCAUCACGUCCUUCGGCCAGCUGGAAGUGACGGGCAGAGCUUAACGUCCGUGAAGAGAAGGCUCCAGAAAAACCUCAAAUGUUUGUUUGGUUUUUUUACAUCCUAAAGGCCUCAACCUCAAUGUUGUGUUUGUGUAAUUUGUCCACAAUGAAGUCUUAUUUACAGUAAACGUGCCAUCCUCGUGACUUUGUUUUUCCUGUUGACAUUAAGACUGUGCAUGCAUUUCUUAUGAAGUGUCCGGUGAACAUGGGAGUAAACGCCUCGUCUCGCACAAAAGCUUUGCCGUCUACAACACAAUCAGUCACCUUGUAAAUAAAUACUGUGUAUUGAAAAUAUUGCAUGUGGUCAAUCUACAACAGACUCAAACCAAGAGACUCGACAAUUCUGAAUCGGAUUAAGGGAGUGUCACCACUACACUAGGGGGGAAUACAGUGCACACAAAGUAUUGACACCGUUUCACUUUUUCCACAUUUUGUGUUCUUGAAAAUGGAUUAAAUAAAAAAAAAAAAAAAUCCUCGAUUUUUGGAAAUGUACUAAAAAAUAUAUAUUUUAAAAAUGUUAAUUUUACAUGAUUAAAUAUGGAACAAGUGCUGCGAAUACUUUCCAGAUGCACUUUAAUUGAAUAGAUUCCUUCGUUUUUAUAUUCCAAUAAAGCAACAAGAAAUUCAUAAAA